GGUACUGCUGUUACUUGUGCAGUCUGAACACAAGCUGAGGUAUCCAAGCACUGAGAAAACUGCAGCUUAAUCCAGUUGUAUGCAAUGGAACAUCUGGUUGAAAAAGGGAAAGAAAAUGCACUGUGAUUACUGUUUUCUACUGCUCCCUCACCUGGGCCCUGCUCCCAGAGUCAGAAUGAUAAGGAUACCAGCAGUGCCACCCAUAAAUAUUGAAACUGUGUCAUCUGAGGGAAGAAAAUGAAGACAUCUUCCAAAAAUGGAAGUUAUAUUGGUUCUGCUGGGGAAGUCAAAGGAAAAAUUCAGGUGGUGGAAGAGGAACUCCAGUCAGUCCCUGCCCAUCUGGAAGAGCAGCAGGACACGUGUGCCACGUCUUGUGGGGAGCCCUCUGAGGGUGGCUGCACACCAGGACCCCCUGGAAUGAUUUUCAUCAAUAAUGAGUGGCAGAAUUCUGAAAGUGGAAGAAUAUUCCCAGUAUAUAAUCCAGCAACAGGAGAACAAAUCUGUGACAUUCAGGAAGCUGACAAGGUUGAUACGGACAAGGCAGUGAGGGCAGCUCGGCUGGCUUUUUCCCUUGGUUCUGUUUGGAGGAGAAUGGAUGCCUCAGAAAGAGGCCAUCUUUUGGAUAAGUUAGCAGACUUGGUGGAACGGGACAGGGCAAUUCUUGCUACUAUGGAAUCACUGAACAGCGGCAAACCGUUCUUGCAAGCUUUCUAUGUCGAUCUCCAGGGAGUCAUAAAAACCCUGAGGUAUUAUGCUGGCUGGGCAGACAAAAUCCAUGGAAUGACCAUUCCUGUAGAUGGAGAUUAUUUUACGUUUACAAGACAUGAACCCAUCGGAGUGUGUGGACAGAUCAUCCCUUGGAACUUCCCCCUGCUGAUGUUUGCAUGGAAGAUUGCUCCAGCUCUGUGCUGUGGCAAUACAGUAGUUAUUAAACCAGCAGAACAAACACCACUCAGUGCUCUCUAUAUGGGUGCCCUCAUCAAGGAGGCUGGCUUUCCACCAGGAGUUGUCAAUAUUUUGCCAGGAUUUGGUCCAAUUGUUGGUGCAGCCAUAGCCUCUCAUGUUGGCAUUGACAAAAUUGCUUUCACUGGAUCCACUGAGGUUGGGAAGCUGAUCCAAGAAGCAGCUGGAAGGAGUAAUUUGAAGAGAGUUACACUGGAGCUGGGUGGGAAAAGCCCAAACAUUAUUUUCGCAGAUGCUGAUUUGGACUAUGCUGUGGAACAAGCUCACCAAGGAGUCUUCUUCAAUCAAGGUCAAUGCUGCACUGCAGGCUCACGGAUUUACGUGGAAGAAUCGAUCUAUGAAGAGUUUGUCAGAAGAAGUGUAGAACGUGCAAAGAGGAGAGUUGUGGGCAGUCCUUUUGACCCAACUACAGAACAAGGUCCACAGAUUGAUAAAAAACAAUACAACAAGAUCUUGGAACUGAUUCAAAGUGGCAUCACUGAAGGAGCAAAACUUGAAUGUGGGGGAAAGGGGCUGGGAAGAAAGGGAUUCUUCAUUGAACCUACAGUGUUUUCCAAUGUAACAGAUGACAUGCGGAUUGCCAAGGAGGAGAUUUUUGGGCCUGUUCAAGAAAUACUGAGAUUUAAAACCAUGGAUGAAGUUAUAGAGAGAGCCAACAAUUCUGAUUUUGGGCUGGUAGCUGCUGUCUUUACAAAUGACAUAAACAAGGCCCUGACAGUCUCUUCAGCAAUGCAGGCUGGGACAGUCUGGAUAAAUUGCUACAAUGCCUUAAAUGCCCAAAGUCCUUUUGGAGGAUUCAAAAUGUCUGGCAAUGGGAGAGAGAUGGGUGAAUGUGGAUUGAGAGAAUAUUCUGAAGUUAAAACUGUGACAAUAAAGAUCCCUCAGAAGAACUCCUAAAAUUACAGAGGACCGUGUUGUGCAGAAGAGCACAUGAUGCCACCUUCUCUAUUCCUUAUGGAGACCAGCACUCAGGAAUAAAAAGUGUUACACAAUAUAUAUUUAAGAAAUUAAGUUGCAACAUAUAUACUGGGCACAUAACUGAGUACGUAAUGCAAACCAACUUUGCAUGUUUUCAUAAAACUCUCCUGAGAAUCGUUACAUCUUUAUAAAACAAAUCUUAACGAGAUAAAAUUGCUACUGGGCAUCAUUUAAUAAUGGUUCCAGCUAUAAAACUGUUAAAUGCAAAUGCAUGCACACACACAUUUAUCUCUUCCUUAAAUAAACAAAAUAAGUCUUACUGCUUUCAGGUUGCCUUCUCAAACAGACCUGCCUUGUACUGACAUUGUAGUUUCAACCAGGGCUCUACAACCCAGAUUUUACCCAGAACACUAGCAAUGAACAACGCAAACAAGUGUCAUUGAUGUUCUUAAAAAAUAAAAGACUCUGAAUGGUAAUGGCCUCAAACCUGGCAUAGUGGCAACUUUCCAAUUAGCACGCCCACAGAAAGAGGUCAGACUGGGGAGGGAAUCAAUCUGCUGCGUGGCCAAUGAAAGCCAAAUACUUAUCAGUGAAAUUUGGCUUUCAUGGCUCACAGCAAUUUGGAUUUCAAAGCUUAUUUUCGUAAUUACUUUAUGUCUUGCUAUAAGCAAAAAGUCCUCCUUCACUCACAGGAACUUGAAGGGAUUUACCUGCCUGCCAAAAGAGCAAGGCCAGACAGGGUGGGUGGGUGUUAACGAGAACAGGAACAGAUUCCAAGGCUUCACAGAAUAUUUUAGCUUUCACUGCUUGUCUAGUUUUGUUGUUGUUGUUACUGUUGUUGCUUUCACCUUUUUUUCUUUUUUAAACAGGCUCCAUUUAUUUGUCUGCUAUUAAAUUGCCUGUGAUUA